GCCCACGACGUUCAAAGGCGUCGUGUCCAGGAUUCAAGCAAACCGUGACUCCUGGCUGCAGCCUGCAGGAGCGCUCGUCGCUGGACGUUCAUCGUCCCCGUUUGUCAUGGUGUUCUAGUGAUUCUGGAUGGUGACUGACGUCCGUGACUUUUGUUCUUGUCGCAGUCAUGGCUACAGCAGAGAACCACUCGGUCAACACAUGGCCAUGGUCAAGCCAGAUGUUCCGCAAGUGGAUCCCACGCCUCCAAGCAGCGCUCAGCUGCGAUGCAAUUCGUGUUGAAUGCUGUGCCAAGCGGUUGAUCUCCGAUGCGCAGAAGAAGGAAUUGAUGGCGAUAAAAGAUUGGGCCAAACACAAUGACCGACUGCUAGAUAUGCUGAGCAGGGGUACAGCUGAGACUUUCCACACCUUCUGUAGUAUUGUGCGUAGCACCGAACCUGAAGCAAACUUUUCAAAGUUCCUAGAUGACAUGAAGUCAGUGGAUACCUUUGUUGGAGGCAAUGAAGAUGCAGCAAAUAGAGUAACUCGAAGUCAACCGGCUCGGUUCAACGGGAACCCACCACCAUCAACCAGCCAAGCAACUCGAUCUCCGCCAGCCACAGCACCCAAACCGACAAAGCCUGCUCUAAAACCCCAGGCGACUCACGCAUCUCCCUCCAAGCCCACCGGCAUCUCUGCAAUGAUAGCGGCCUUCAAUUCAGCCGGCCAGGAACAGAAACUGGCUGGAACUCUACCUUCAAAACCUAGUCGAGUCCCCCAGCCUCCUACUCGCCCAAAGCCCGCCACUCCCCACAACACAGCAAGAACAGUGGAAACUAAGGAUCCCACCACAGGUCACAGAGUGCAGCCGGUAGUGACUUCUGAUCCUGUGUCUCCUCCACGACCACCGCUCUGUGACCUCGCACGACUAGCGGCUGGCGGUAACCAAUCAAUGGGCACUCAGGCGGGGACAUCUGCCCCAGCUGAUCCCAAGCCCUCUCCGAAACCUAGACAAGCUGCUCCUUUCAGGUCUGCUAGUGUCUCUACACUAGCAUCUGGUUUUGAAUCGGAUAGGUACGAGGCAGUCCGACUGCCCUCGGAUCACGUCCCAAAGCCCAAACCGCGCCAAGUGGCCAUCGCUAGUGACAGGGCAGCUAGCUUGGCCAUUAACCCAGCAAUAGGUGUUGGCAAAGACCCGGGCGGACAUGCAGUGCAGCAUGUACAGCGGUCAGCGCCCCCAGCAGAAAGCUUAUCUGCCAAGCUCAUUGCUCCAUCUACGACUGGACGCGAGUCGAUUGCCAAGAAGGCAACAGGAGAUUCAGCUACGCCUCCGCAGCCCAACUCUCUGAGUCAAGCAGGCAACACAGGUCCAUGGUCAAGCCAGGUGUUCCGCAAGUGGAUCCCACACCUCAAAGCAGCGCUCAGCUGUGGCACGAUCCGCACGGAAUGCCUGGCCGAAGGGCUGCUCACCGAUCCGCAGAAGAAGGAACUGAUGGGAGUAGAAUAUGAUUCUGCCAAACACAAUGACCGACUGCUAGAUAUGCUGAGCAGGGGUACAGCUGAGACUUUCCACACCUUCUGUAGUAUUGUGCGUAGCACCGAACCUGAAGCAAACUUUUCAGAGUUCCUAGAUGACAUGCAGUCGGUGGAUGCCUUUGUUGGAGUUUCGCCAGAAUGCAAGAAAGACUGUAAGGAAGUGGUAGACCUGAUGAAAGAAUUCUCAGCACCGGAACGUCAACGGGUGGUCCACACUGCCGAGGAUGUGGCACGAAUGCGCACAUCACAGACCGUCCUCGACAAGAGAAAGAAACCCAUCCACUUACCACAGCCAACUUCACCUAAGAGCAUAGACCUGCUGAGGAUGCAGAACAUGGGAGAAGAACAACGGCAAGCGGCAUUGACUGAAAUCGACCACUUGGUGUCCAACACUAUCAUCAUUGAUGACGCGAAGGACUGUGCAGAUGAGGCAGAGAAGUACCAGGGUCUCGUGACACGGGCGGACGGCCGAAUUGAAAAAUCGCCAGUUGAUAUACAUAGAGAGUUAAGUAAGCACCCUUGUUUCAUCAGCAUCGGCACUGGAUCUGCCAGGGACGGCCGCAGCAUUUCAGAGACCAAGCAGUACUUGAAGGAUACUGGCUUCAUCGACGAGAACACGGUCGUCACAGAGAUCACUGAAUAUGAACUAGUCCCUGUGACUAGGCUGGCCAUUCGUGACAGCAAACGACUGAAGUUUAAAGACGAGAGGUCGUCUAUAGUGAAGUUCAUCAUCGAAUGUGAAUAUAAUCACACGGCUCCGAGUUUCAUUAAAAGUGUCAUACGAAAUCUCCGCAAUCUCCUUGGCGAUUGGAGCAUCCACGCCGACAGCGUGCACGGCGAGAGCGGAGGCACAGCAGUGUUUGUACAGAUGUCAGCCAAAGCUCAUACAAGGCUUUGGGAGUUCUGUAAGGACCGAUCUAGCCUGCUCGCUGGUCUGCACAUUCUCGAAGUGUCAACUGUGGACGGAGCAGUAGUCUUCAAUUUUCGUCCCGCGACAUGCAGUGGCAAAGGUAUUACUCCUGAUGACCAGAAGCGCUUGGUUGAAGAGUUCUCCAAGCGAUACCCAUCCUUCGACCGAGAUGAGCUGUCUGUCGCUGUGGCUGACCAACAGAACGUACAGCAUGCAGUGAUUGCACUGACCAAGCUCGUCUUCGAUGAUGAUGGAGCAUGCUUGAAUGCACUGCCUGAGUUUCUACGUGGUGUGGCGGCAAGUAAGGCAACUUCGACCUCUGCUCACGUUGAUCAACCUGAACAAGACGUCUCUGCCAAUACUGGACAUGCAGUAGAAAGCCAGGGAGCUGACGAUAAGCUGUUUCUCCAACCGCCACUUUGUCACCAGUGGUCUUUCCGUGGCCGUCUACCUGAUAGCUGGCAAGAUUUCCAUCGUUGUACCAUGUACAAUGGGCAUGCUUACCUUGUGUGCCAGGAAGAGAAAAAACGAGUGCUCUACCGGUCUACUCAACCUCUGAACGAAAGUCUUGAGGUGGCAUGGACAGGAGUACUCGAAUUUGACACCCCACUCUUUUUCCCUUGCAGAUCUUUUAGCCUUCACAAUGAAAACAUGUACUAUGCAAGUAGUGAUUUUUGGGAUGGGAGUAGCCCCAAUAUCUAUGUUGUAGAUCUACAGGGAGAAUGUACUAGAGAAAUACAAUGUGAUUGUAUCCCAGUACAAGCUACGAGUAUGGAUACAUCUUUCACGCCUUUUGGGGAUGUAUUUAUAACCCAGUCAGCGCUUCUAGUAGUAUGCUUAUGGCGCAACCAUUUCUUAGAAGUUAUUUCAUUAGAUACCAGACAUGAUGGUGCAGUAUGGGCAAAAUUGGAUCCGGUCCGCAUGCCGGAGCCGCCGGUCAGCAUCUGCAGCACUGACGGUACUCUGUUUGUGAUACCAAGCUGGGACUCCAAUGAUACGCAUUGGUCAAUCAUGAAAUUGGAUGUAAGCGAGGCGGAUCCGCGAAUGUCAUCAUGGUUCGAGAUCAAAGUGGACAUCUCUGGGACUGCUGGUGUGGCAAUGCCUGGCGAGUUUUCAUCGGUUGCUGUAGGUAACACGAUAGCCAUGCCAUGGUGGUGCUCCAUCUCUGAUGUUGGUGUACUUGUGGAAGGUGUCAUGUGUGUUGAUUGCAGUACGUGUACAGGCCAGUGUUCUGUCUUGCCGUUGACGUCGAGUACAUCCCUUGUCCGCCAGUUGAUGGUGGAUGGCGAUACGCUUAUUGCACUCCAUAAUGAUCACUCAGUGCAUAAACUAUUCCGCUAUCUGACCAUUUGUUAACACCAGUGAUCGAUCGGCUUCUACAUGCAUGUAUGCCAAGGCGGUGUGCAAUGUAGAUAUUCUGCUGCGGCUAGGUCAUGUGAUGGACAACUGGUGCACACUGAGUUUUUUUGAACAUACCCUGUUCUAUUCAACAGCUCUCUACACAUACAUACUCAUUAUAACUGUGUACAUAGUAGUCGUUUUUUGUCAGUGAUUGACAAAACCCCAUAGGUUGAAUUGGUCAGCAGCCACAUUACUUACUUCCACUAAUUGGCUCUGUGUGUGCGUGCAGAUGUGUACCGUACAUGCACGCAUAAUGGUAACUUUGCACUGGUCCAGCCAGGAGUAGGGUCACUUUGAGAA